UAUUUAAGCGACUAUUGUGUGGAGAUUCGUCAAGAGUAGGUUAAUAGCCGCGAUAUCACAUAAUACUUUUGUCCGUACUUGACUGAAUGUGCUGACACCUGACAAACAGCCAGUGAUUUAAUUAAAAAUUCAUCGCAAAGUGAUGAUGACACGGUGCUAGACUUCACAGAUCCAUCAGCCUUUAGCAAACGUACGUUCAAAUAUUGACAAGAGCUAAGCCGGCGUUUGAACAACUUUGAUGUAGAGCAAGGACCACGCGAAGACGGCUGAAGAAACCCUUCAUUCAAAAAUGGCUGCCGGGAAUUUUGUAGUUGUGAGAAGAACAAUAUCGCAAACCAUUGUUCCGUUGAAGGAAGUGGAAGAACGAUUGUUGCUGAAGAGAUCAAAAGCAAAAAGUACAAGCCUCGGGUUUAGUUCUACAAACAAUGUCGCUCGAUGUGGCGUGAAUAAUACACAGGACACAAAGAAGACGCAGAGAUCAUUGGGUCUAGAAAGAAGCCGAUCAGAAGUUUGCUUGCGUAGGAAGAACUAUGUUCGUGAUAUUUCGCUGGAUGUUUUUGAAGAACGAAGAGACGAAGGGUUGGUGAAACCGGUUGUACGAAGACGAGACGCAUCUCAAAGAAAAGUAAAUACCGCCAGGCCGCAAUCGGACUUCUUUCCCGAAUUUACAGUCGAAAGUAAAAGAACGGAACGAGAUCGUCGGAGUGUCGAUGAAAAAACAGCAGUUGAUCAGUCACAAGAUCCCGGAAAACGUUUGGGGCGAUGUAUCGCUACGUUGAGACGUGAAAUGAUGUCGCUACGCAAGCAAGAUCAGGCAUUGUUAACACAGCUGACAUCACUUAACCAACAUAUCCAAGAUCUCAAGGUAAUCGCCGCUGCACAAGGGGGUAUAUUCGGAGCAAACGAGGAACACGAAGACUCGCCUGAGAAAUCCCUAACAAACCCUUGUUGUCCUAACAAGGAUACUCUCAUCAAUGGAAAAACGCGAACAAAACAAGAGCGAGAGAAGAGCUUUGAAACACGCAAGAAAGAGCCGCUUCCAAAACCCAUAAAAAAUGAACAAAAUUCGAGCAAGAAGAUAAAGAAUGGCGUUCAUGGAUUACAAGAGACAUCGUUCGAGUACGUCGAAGCCCCCCGGGAUACCACAACACCGAGACAAGUCCGUCCAAAGGCGAAUGCAAGCCGAUCACAAUCGACGACGAUUGUCGACGUUUCUCGCAAGAGAGUUGCAUCUCUGCAGAGGUUAGAGAGAAGAUCGUUGAGUUGCCAACUUUUAGAUUCUGGACGGCAGGAUAAAGUUGUUGAAGGAAAUAACACACGAAGGACAUCAGAGUCUGCACGGAAACAGCGUCCUUUGUCACAAAUAGACGCUGACGUGAGCAAACAGGCAAAAGAUGCCAACAUCCGGCAAAAGUCUUUAUCUUUAUCCACAUUACGACAUGUGACGAAGACCACGGAAGGGUCGACGAGUGACAGCGAGUGUUCGACAUCGGGAUGUUACGGAGGCUCGUCGACAGGGAGCGACGUCGAAUUAGAGCGAGGGAUGGGAUGCUUCAACGCAAAAAGCUCAAUUGAAUGCAGAGAAAAACUCGAUAAAGUUUUCGAACUAAACAGUCUAAACUUACAACCUCUUGGGAAAAGAUACCUGGCGUUGAAUGAACAAGCACAUUUUCGAAAAAAGAUUGUUUCAGUUUAAGACUUCACUUACUCUAGAAAUAUUAAAGUUGAUCUGUUUAAUUCGUUGCUGAACAAAAAAAAUUAUAUUAAGAAAAGAUGAACCAAUCAAGGAAAGAUUGAACUAGAUCAUAUUCAGUAUAUGAAUGUCAUCCAUUCUGACCUCGGAAGUAAAUUGUUUUUGCCCAUGUUUAGUCUUACAUAGAAAUUAAUUUUAGCUGCGUAUAGAUUUGAUUUUUUAUUGAACUUUACUUAAGGUAUACGCUACCUUAAUUAUUGAUUGUUAUUGUGACAUCCAUCAUGCAAAGCGCGUACAGUGGAUGAGUUAUGCAGACUCCAGUUUUAUAGUCCUUCGUCAGAUUCAUGAAUAUCAGUUUAUGAUAACUCCAGGUUUUUGUUGUUACUUUCUUAUGUCACCCACACGUUUAGUUAUCUAAUUGGUCAAUUGUUAGGGCGCAGUAAAAAGGGAAAGUCCCUAGAAAGGAAAGACAAGUGAAUCAAAAUGAUGUAAUGGAUGGUGUUUCUUGAGAUAGCCAUUAGUCCAUUGCAGUUAAAUGUUACGAAAAGAUGGUCCUCAAUUAAGGUCCUUAAUUUAGUCUUUUAAGGUCCUUAAUUUAGUCCUUAUUCAAAGCGGUGUGAUGAGGUAAUUUCCCUCCUCUCUUCUCAAGGGACUUUCCCUUGUCAUUGUAUCUCAACUAUAUGAACCAAUCAAAUGGCUAGCUGUGGCUACUUAAAGGCAAAAUAUAGCCAAGAUUGUUCAGUAUUUUGGUGAUACGUCUCUCCCUACGAAGACUGAAAAAAUUUGAUGGGCAAAUUGGAAGUAGAGAUGGCUUCAUCAAGCAAUGAAGGUAAAUGUUCCGUACAACGCGUGUUCUUUGGAUUUCUGUUUUGUGUUGUCGUUGGUCUGGUUGGUUUUGUUUGCUAUCUGUCUCUAAAAGACAUCGAACACGAUGAUGAAAUCAAUUCUCUUAAGAGAGAGAACGAGUUUAAUCUACGGGAAGCAAAUAAGACGAAAUUUAGAAUCCAGACAGCGUUGAAGAACGACUUGCGGCAGUACAUAGACAGUCGAACGUCAGCCAAUACGAAGGAACCUAUAAAAACAGCAGAUGACAACAUAACUGUACCAAGCAUCGGUCCAGAGUUACGUGCGAGUUUUAAGGACAUGAAUGAACGUUUAAAUGACGUUAUUUCUAUGAUCGGAAAUCUAAGCGAAGGUGUUUUGAGAAUGAACAGAUCUUCAGACUCGAAAAUAAAUCAUUUGCGCAUCAAUAUAAAGAAGGCGAGAUAUGACCUUAUAAGACUUAGCAUCGAGA